GACCCGGCGGGAGUCAAGGCGCUGCUUGAUCAGUUGAGACAGUCGCAAGCAUGGCAGGAGAGCGUCGCACCCUCGAAUUCGGUCGAUUCAGCACCUGCUCCCCAGGCGGAGUAUCGCCAUGAUGUCUCAGUUCCAGAGCAGUUUCAGCCCGCUGUGAAUUCUACCAGCGUCGCGUCUUUGCUUUCCCAAUUACAAGCAUCAUCCAGUUUUACUUCCGUGACUAACGGAACCCAAGCAGAGCCAUUGACUCUCGGAGCAAGCCCUGAACACAGUGGAUUGCAACCUCUGUUGGGCCAGGAUGUCCCCGCCCCCUCUCGUGUUGCACAAGUGUUUCCCUCGUCCGCGCGCAAGCAGGAUCUGCGCUGGUUGUCGUUCCAGCAAGCGCUUCCCCACCUCGCGCGGCUGGGUGAGGAUCCGUCCUGCGUCUCGGUCAUAGCUCAGAUGAGACAAGAGCAAGCUGAUCUCGAAAAACAACUAUACGAGGAAAGGAUGGCGAUUUAUAAGAAGCACGAAGCAAAAGUGAGGGUUGCUUGGACAAGAGCCAACAUAGUCGGGGGCUUGUCCCGACAUGAAGCCGAUAUGAUGUCGGACGCGUUUCAAAAAGAACUACGGAAGUUUGAUCUCGAGCGUGCGCUAACGGCCUGGGAUGGGCUGGUGAGCAAACAGCAAGCAGCCCUUGAAGGACUCGGGGUUCCCGGUAUGUUCAUCACGGACGCGAGUGCGGACAGGGAGGUUCGUGCGGUGUCUUCUUUUACUGACGGGGAGAACAGCGGCAGCAAAGAAUCGUGCAGGUUCUCGAAGGCAUUGCUGGGGGUGAUGGUUGAUGAGAAGCAACGGAUCUUCUCAAGACACUCAAGAGAAGCUCUGGGAAGCUGUGGCAUUUAUGGUGACGGCGUAGCGUCUUGCGACUGUAUAACAGUGUAUUACCUUCACUUGCAGUGCGCUUAUUAUGACCGCUCUGACCUCGCAUGCGGCUGCCACAAAGUCUAUCACCUAAUGCCCUACGUCGACCUAUUCUCUGCUGCUUCGGGGCGCCCCGAUACAGAUGACUUUGCAUCGAUCUGGUACACCACCAACACCCACUUCUGCUGCGUCAGCAGCUUUGACCCAAAGAAGCCGACCGUCAUCCUACUACACCCCCCUGCCCUGGACUCGACAUGGAUGAACCCACAAAUGACUGACCCGCGAAUAUCUACUCGCUAUAACAUAAUUGCAUUUGACCUCCGCUGUUGUGGAAAGUCUCUUAGUAGACCCACAGGGCUUCAUGACGCCUAUGUAGAAGCGGCUGAUUUGGCCUUUGCUCAUCAAAUUCUCCAUCUUCCACCCGCACAUGUAUUCGCAGUCGGUAGCCAGUCCGUACCAAUAGCACUGCGAUUUGCUGCUUUGUUCCCCGAGAUGUGCCUGAGCCUCACUCUGUGUGCAGUACCUCCUCCUACAGAACUCAAGCAUGUGUUCACAGCUCUCGAAGAGAUGUUCCAGUCCUGGUGUCAUGCCGAGGAUCUGGAGAGCUUGGAACACGCCGGGAUGGAGAUCGUCCGGUAUGUUACUGGAAGCGACGCGGACUUGGAUCUCGCAGAUGAGCUCAUCGCACACUGGACCGUCCACUAUCCCCCAACGCGUCGUUCCCGGACCAUGCAAGCAAUCACCGUUGUCAUGAAUAGGACGCCAAUGACCCCCAGGGAAUACGAGGCUAUUCGUUGUCCGGUUCUGAUAAUCCAAGGAGAAUACAGCGAGCCGCAACCAGUAAAGUACGGCGAGGUUCUAUUGGAAUCGCUAGUCAACGCGCCUCAGCGGAAGUUUUUCGUCGUCAAAGGCGGACAAGGGUUCAUGUCCCUAGUACCAUCUUUCGCAAACAUCGUAAACCAGGCUUUCGCUAAAUUCCUGGCCGGCAUCACUAAGCCGACUGACGACUCCGUCCUCCGUCCUCCCUCGGAACCCAUGUAUGACCGGAUGAAACGCGCGCUCGAAGACCUUGCCGACUUUGUCGACGACCCGUCGAUAGCCGACCGCGACCCGCGCUCCUCGCUGUCUUUCUCCUGCUGCAGGCCGGAGGUGGCCCAGAGCCAGAUGGACACGAUCAAAAAUUACGCGAAGAGCCAGAAGGACGCGUACAACCCACUGGGGCCUGACGGCCGGCCCAUCCGCAAAUACUCUGAGCGAAUCCAGGGCCACUGGUUCCACGGCGAGAGGGACGGCUUGUCUUACGUCGAGACCGCCCUACCUCCCGGGGACAGACGCGUCCGGGAGAGGAAAGACACCAGCGGGCUCUCCGUUCCACACCUCCCACCCUCAGAGCCGAUCUCGUACGAGCUCGCUCAGGAUUCACGUAUUCGCCGCGCCACGUACAACCCCCAAUCGUUCGCCGUGGACAAACACGUUAUAAAGGGGUCCAUGAAUAAGGUCAUGGCGUCGACCGGUGUCCCCCUGCCACGCGUUAUGCAUGGUAUGCUUUGA